AUGCUGAGUUUAUCAGUACCUACCGUUCUUGUAAAGUUUCCGCGAGAGUAUUCACCCGAAGCAGUUGCUGAAUGGUCCAAUAAAGUUCACAAAGAUCACAGCAGAUCUCCAGGGUUGACAGAAAAGGCCAAGCGUCAUCUAUCGUUCAUGGGUUGGACUUUUUUGCUAGCGAAGAAGAUGGAAACCAGGCAAGAGUUGCGUUACGUCUCACCUUCUGGACGCUGUUAUUACUCGCUUCGUGCUGCUUGCAAAGCUUGUAUGGAGCAAGGAAACGGCACUACUCAAGCACCGCCUCCACCAGAGCCACCAUCAGCAAAUAUGAGGAGUUCUUUGAUUAUUGAACCCGAUGAAACCCCACUAAUUAGCACUACUCAAGCACCGCCUCCACCAGAGCCACCAUCAGCAAAUAUGGAGAGUUCUUUGAUUAUUGAACCCAAUGAAAGCCCACAAAUUAGCACUACUCAACCCCCACCACCACAGCCGCCAUCAGCCAUUAUAAAGAGUCCUUUCAUUAUUAAACCCAAAAACCCCAAAAUAGAAGUCGUUUCUGAGACACGACCCGAAGAGAAUCAUCGCAAGAGAAAAAUUGGGAAUUCGGUCACUGAAUCGUCUGAUUUUGGUUCGGAUAAUGAUAAUUUGAAGAAGAGGGAACGAGUGGAAGUACCAGAAAUUACGAAAGUUAGGGUUGAUCACAAGGUUAUUAAGAAACGAAAUAGAAAGACGUUUCUUAUUGAUUUGAUAGAAACCGGUGUCCUUCCAUUAGGAACCGAAGUCCAUUACCGUGGAACACAAUGUAGAGGUGUGAUUCUUCGUGAAGGGAUUAAGUGCAGAUGUUGUGACCAGAUUUUCUUCCUCACUGCAUUCGAAAACCACGCUGGCAGCACCAAACACCGUCCCGCUGCCAAUAUUUUGCUGGAAGAUGGAAAGACUACUUUACUCGAUUGUCAAAACCUGAUCAAUAAUAAUAAUAACAACAAUCCCAAGAGUAGUGGUACCCACAAUAAUAAUGACAAUCCCAAGAGUAGUGGUACCGAUAAUAAUAAUAACACCAAUAAUCAUCAAAAUGAUGAUGUGUGUGGCCUUUGCCAAUACGGCGGAGAGUUGCUCUGUUGCGACGGCUGUCCGGCAUCUUUUCACGCCGCCUGUUUGGGUAUAAGUGUCCCUCCUCCAUCCGAAGACUGGUUCUGUCAACUCUGCCGUUGUGGGAACUGCACCACUGUCAAUUUCAAGAACACUCCAGUGGUCUGCCAUCAGUGCGAGAGGAAAUUCCACUAUUCUUGUUGCGGCGUAGUGCUUUCCAUGCCAGAAGGAUUAACAUUCUGCAGCGAGAAUUGCAAAAGGGUUUGUUUGGGUCUCAGGAAAAUAGUUGGCAAACAGAUUCGAGUAAACAGUGAUCUCACCUGGACUUUGGUUAAAGCUUCCAAAAACAAAAUGUCCUCCAAAUAUUUGGAGAAAGCUUUGAGUAUUAUGCACGAAAGUUUCGAGCCAGCGAUAAAUUACUACACAGGAAGAGACAUAACUGAAGAUGUAAUAUUUGGAAGAGAAUCAAACGUGAAACGUCACAGCUUCAAUGGUUUCUACGUGGCUGUUUUGGAGAGAAACGAGGCGAUGGUAUGUGCGGCUGCUUUAAGAGUUUUUGGUGAUGAGGUUGCGGAGGUUCCUCUUGUGGCGACUCAGUUUCGGUUUCGAAAACAGGGAAUGUGUGCAAUUAUGAUGAGGGAGAUUGAGAAGCAGCUGAGGAUUUUGGGUGUGGAGAAACUGAUACUGCCUGCGGCUGUGGAAGUUUUGCCAAUGUGGACUAGUUCCAAGUUUGGGUUCAUAGUAAUGACUCCGCAAGAGAAGUUGAAGAUUUUGGAGUAUAACAUUCUGGAUUUUGGUAAGAGCUUUAUGUGCAUGAAGUCUAUUAGCACUGAGCAGCAGUUCAUCACUCACGAUGAAGAUGAUUUAGUUCUGAAUAAUGUUAAAGGUCUAUCGUGGAAUACACUAUAUAAUUGA